CGAAAAUGUAUUAUUUGUGUGCCAUAUAUGUGAUUAAUUUUUAUUUAAAAGUUUGUUUGGCAGUUUAAGAAGACUUUUUAUUAUAUAAAUCAAGUAUCGAGUAUUAUUAUGUAAAAGAUUAUAGUAUAUUAAUUAUACAUUGUGUGUGUGGUGUGCCGUUUUCCAAUAUGGUGAACUGUGCGGUUCUGGGGUGUAAAAAUCACACGAAAAAGACAAAAGGAACUAAAAUUAAGUAUUUCCGAUUUCCAAAACAAGAAGACCUUGCUAAACAAUGGGUAAUUAGGUGUCACCGAGGAGACAAAAUUAAUCUGAAAAAUGCAUGCAUUUGUUCAGAACAUUUUGAACAGGAUUGUUAUGAAGUGCCUUUAAGACAGCGGUUACUGAAUUAUAAUCCAAGGAAUACUAGGAUUUUAAAAGAAGAUGCUUUGCCAACUUUAAAUUUGCGAUUAGCGAAGUCCUCAAUGUCAUCACAACUAAAAGAAAAUCUUAGUCCAAUGCUCAAACCCUCGACGAGCACAAACAGUGUAUCCUAUGAAGACACUAACAUCAAUAUGGACAUUGAUCUGCCUAAAAUGUAA